ACUUAAAACAGGAUGAAAUGUGAAGAAUUUAUACACUAAACUCUGACCUGAGUGACCUCAAACUGGGCCAUUUCCUCCCCAAGGUUUAAACAGAAGGUUACCAGUCAUGACAUAUGACGCAGGAUUCUUCACAUGUGGUAUGUCAUGGCAGCUCAUUCCGUCUGCUGCCUAUUGCUGGGUUAGUUUGCCAUCAGGUCGAGAGGUCAACUUUCUAUCUAAACCUUGGGCGGCACAUGAAACUGUAUGCAAAUAGCAAGACACAGAUUGUACUGAAGUAAAACCAGUUAGCUGCUGUCCUCACUCAGGGUAAGAUCUCAGUAGACUGCCGCCAUCAUGAGCACCACGCAGACCACCACGACUACCAUCAUGCCGUCAGAGGACCCGGGCUACAUCAGGAGUGUGCCAGGCAUUCUUAAGAUUGUAGAAAUUAUCCUGUGCCUGGUUGUGUUCAUCUGUGUGAUCAUAGCCCCUGGAUACGGCGGGUCUGGUUGGGUGUGGUUCAUCGCCAUCUCCGCCUUCAUCACCACUCUCAUCCUGCUCAUCUUCCAUGUCGUCGGCCUCAUCAGCAGAUUGCCAGGACCAUGGAUGUUAAUUGAAUUCAUCUACUACAUUGUGAUAGCAGUAUUCUUCCUGAUUGCCUUCAUCAUAGCUGCAGUUGGUUGUAGAUACGGUUAUGCCUCAAUCAUAGCAACAGCCAUAUUUUGUUUUGCGUCCUGUGCGGUGUUUGGAGUGGAUACAUAUUUCCAGUUUCAAGCAUGGAGGACAUCACAGACCACCACCAUCUCCACCGGACCUGCAUAGAGAAACAGGCAGGAAAACAAGAUGAACUCCAUCAAUGACUUAGCAAAUUUUAUACUGCAACAAUGCGCGAGAUCAUACAACACUCAAGUUUUUAGCUUUGAUGUUUUUAAGAAGAACUAAGAACCUGUUUUAAUAAGAAUAUAAAGCAUCUCAAAUGACAAAAGUUUGAUGCCGUCAAUAAGAAUAUUGAAACCUUCCUAAUGUGAGACGACUCCAUGGUCUUUCAUCUCAGUUAUUCACUAUAAGGAUGUAAGGAUACAAAGUAUCUAAAGGAAGAGGAAAUGUGAAUGUGAUUUAUGUCUUACUCUUACUGGUGCUAUGCUAAGGUUUUUAGAGACUAUAAUCAGUUUAUCCAGCAGAAAUUUCAAUUAUUCGUAGUGUUAAGUGAGCAGUUUCCAAACGACAAGGUAUGAAGCAAACAAAAACUUCUCCAAGAUGUGCACAGACCAAUACUAUAAUACUUCAGUCAUUAACCUCUGGAUUACAUCACAGUAUGACCAAGUUACUUCUGACAUAUUGCCAUGCAUUUUUUUUAGUUUAGAAUAAUAGGGUAAUAGGUAAUAGGGCAACUUGCUGUCAGCUGAGGUUGUGUUAACAAUGAAGAUAGGCUGACCCUUCUUUGUCCUUUCCAUCUCUGAGAAAACAGAGUUCAGCAGAUGUGGUACUUUUGCUUCCAGUCUUGGUCAUUUUUGGACUUCAUCAGCCCCCAGUGCCCUUUCUUCCUACUUUUUUCUUACCAUUCAAAAUGGUGGCUGUCUUCUGGGUCCUCUGGAAGACGGUCAGAAUUUUUCAAGUUAACAUUGAAAGGCAUCUCUUAAUUUUCUGUCAAAAGACAAUCAAAAAUGGAGGAUAGAUCGACAAAGAUAUUUUUGAAGACUGUCAUAAAAUAUUUCUGGAUCUGCCCCUGUAGAGGGAAGUUGUUUAUCUUUCAUGUAAAUAAACCUUUUAAGCAGGCCAUGUGCCAAGGGGAUACUGAAGUUAGUUUCUAGUUUUCAGUUUCGUUUUUUCAAAAAUUAACCAACUGUCAACCAGACACUAGUGUCAUUUUUUUUCAAAAUUGAACCUGGCAACUAGAAACUUGUUUCUUUUGUCAAAAAAAAAUUCUGGUAGCCAAAAACUAGUGUCGUUUUUCAAAAAAUGAUUCUGAUGCUGAAAAACCAGAAAUGUUUUUGCAGUGGGAGACAAGAGUGGAUGGAAGAAGAAGCAUCAGGCUAUUAGCGCCUAUUUUUAGAUUCUCUGCAUGGAGCUAAUUGGACAUUUAAAAGUUUUCUAUUUAUAUUAUUCACAUCUCAACAAUUUUGUUACUUUAUCAUAUAAAAAUGAA